AUGUGCUCGUUCGCGGUCGCAUCUUCUGGAAAGCGAUGUUUGUUAGAGACUUCCGAGUCUAGUGAUGGAACCAUUGCAUACCAAUGCAAGAGCUCAGAGGUGGUGGUGAAAAAUAUGCCUGAAUGGGUUGAGAAUAACGAGUGUGUGAGUGCUUGUGGCAUUGAUAGAUACUCCGUCGGGAUCUCCUCAGAUUCCCUUCUGGAGCCUGAAUUCGCUGCCAGACUUUGCUCUCCGGCUUGUUAUCAGAACUGCCCCAACAUUGUUGACCUCUACUACAGUUUGGCUCUAGCAGAAGGAGUGUUUUUGCCAGACUUGUGCAAGGCACAGCAAACGAAUCCACGACGUGCAAUGGCUGAGCUUCUAAGUUCUGGUGCAGCUUCUGGUCCAGUCUCUGCAGCUUCAGGUCCAGCAUCUGCUGAGGCUGCCGGUCCCAUGUCUAGCGAAUCAUCUGCUUCACUUGCUUGUGCUCCAGCUAGCAUCUAA